AUGCUUAUCCCAUUAAAGAGUCUCACGGUUCCUAACGAGGGCUGUGCUGGACCUAGGGCCGGCGAGGACAGUCCGGGGCGCGUGACGAGAUGUCCGGAACGCCGUUCGCAUCGCAAGCGACGCGAUAAGGGCGCGUCGCGGGCGCCGACCGCACACGGCGUCCGCGCGCUUUGCAUAACAAAGGGGGCAAUUUGGAGGAAAAAUGGACCCAAUCGGGCAACAUCUCGGCGCACAGCGCCACAUCGGACGCGCCCGCGCCUACUAAUGCCCCCCCCCCCCCCCCCCAAUGCUUCCUAUGGCAAUUUCCUGCUCAGCUUGUGGCGAUCAGCUCCGCAGAUACGGCUGAUUCGUUCGGCAUUAGCAUCAGUUGUUACU